CUUCCAUAUAUAAAACCCCCCAGCGUUGUCAACUACCCAUACUUGAGUCAAGUCUCUCGAAUCAUCGUUCCAUCAAACAGACACAGAUAUAUAAUAACUAGUAAGAAAAAUCAAUCAAUCCACAAUGUCCCCCGCCCAGAUCAAAGACAAGCAAGGCCAGCCCAUCCGAGAAGGCGACACGGUGUGGACCAAAGCGCGCGGCGGCCGGCGCGAGGGAAAAGUCUACCGGGUCGUUGAAUCCGAGGCCGAGGCGCGGGACGCGGGGGUUAAGAAUCCGCCCAAGGUCCUCUUUAAGGAUCAGCACGGCCAUCAUGUUGCGCAUAACCCGGGGACGCUUGAACAUAAGUGAAGAAGGCGAUGAUACGUAGGAUUUGGGAGUGUUAGUACUGCAGAUAGCGAUAUACAUGAGGCAAUGGUUAUUCUCAUAGAUAUAUUGGCGUUGGGAGUGUCACAAUUUCACAGGAGCAGUAGAAUCAGGCUUGUACGCUCCCAGUAAUAAAUGAGUUAAAAAUAUCCGUCAAACCAUACUCUCAUUAAGUACUCUCGUAAAGCCUCUCAUGAUA